CAUGGAGGCCUUGAGCGGCGGCGCGAGCCAGCCCGCCUGAGGGAAAAGCCGAGGCUUUGCUGGCCCAGAGGCCUGGUCGCCUCCUUCCCUCCCUGUGGCUCCACCCCGCCAUGGGGCCUCUGCCUCGCCCCCGGCUCCUACGGCAACCUUCGGGCUUUCCUCCCUUCCCUCCGGGCUCUCGAGGCGCCAGGAGGGGAGCCACGGCGGUGGCGGCGGCAGCGGAUCUCUACUGAGAUUUAUUUUAUUUUUUUUAAUGCAAAGUCUUGGUGGAUGCAACUGGACCAGUGAGAUGCCCAUGGGCAGCCCUUCUCCUCGGUGUGGCCCUCCUCUGAUGUCAGGCCUGCCAUGACAGCGUUCUUCACCAGUGUUCCCAAUUGGAUUCAAGAUGUCAAGCAGGAAGAGGAGGAGGAGGAGGAGGUGGGCUGGAAACUAGUGGCCAGACCCAAAGCCCGAGAGAGCGAGUGCCCAGGGAACUGCCAGUAUGAGCUGUCCCAAGCAGCCUUCCCUGGCGUGGAGAAGUUGAGAGCCAGCCCGGAAGCGAGACCGUACGGCUGCCCUCAGCUGCACUGCGGCAAGGCCUUCGCCUCCAAGUACAAGCUCUACAGGCACCUGGCCACCCACUCUGCCCAGAAGCCCCACCAAUGCAUGUACUGUGAGAAAAUGUUCCACCGGAAGGACCACCUGCGCAACCACCUCCAGACCCACGACCCCAACAAAGAAGCUCUCCACUGCCCCGAGUGCGGCAAGAACUACAACACCAAGCUGGGCUACCGGCGCCACCUGGCCAUGCACGCAGCGGCCAGCGGCGACCUGAGCUGCAAAGUCUGCCUGCAGAUGUUCGAGAGCACCCAGGCGCUGCUGGAGCACCUCAAGGCCCACUCGCGCAGGCCCUCGGGCAGCGCCAAGGAGAAGAAGCACCCCUGCGACCACUGCGACCGCCGCUUCUACACCCGCAAGGACGUACGGCGCCACCUGGUGGUGCACACGGGGCGGAAGGACUUCCUGUGCCAGUACUGCGCCCAGCGGUUCGGCCGGAAGGACCACCUGACCAGGCACAUGAAGAAGAGCCACUCGCAGGAGCUGCUCAAGAUCAAGGCGGAACCCGUGGACAUGCUGGGCCUGCUCAGCUGCAGCUCGGCCGUGGCCGUGAAGGAGGAGCUCAGCCCCGUCUUGUGCAUGGCCUCCAGGGAGGUGAUGAGCGGCAAGGGCUUCCCUGGCAUGCUCCCCAUGGGCAUGUACGGGGCGCACGUCCCGGCCAUGCCCGGCUCAGGGAUGCCCCCUUCGUUAGUCCCCAACCCUCUCCCGAUGGGGAUGAGCUACCCUCUGGAACCCUCCUCCCCUCCCCAGCCUCCCCCGAAGUACCAGCUUGGAUCUACCUCAUACUUCCCCGACAAAAUCCCCAAAGCAGAGAUGGACAGCUGCCUGGCCGAGCUGCCCGGAGGCCUUUCGCUGAUCGCCGGCGAGCCUUCCUCCUCCUCUUCCCCGCCUCAGCCCACCAGCCUGGAGGAGACUUUGCUCUCCAAGAGCCCAGCUCUCCUUUCGGAAGCCCUCUGUGCUGCUAACAUGGAUUUUUCCCACCUCCUGGGCUUCCUGCCCUUGAACCUCCCUUCCUGCAACCCCCCAGUCUCCUCGGGGGGGCUGGUGAUGGGUUAUUCCCAGGGAGAGGCCCAGUCCCUCCUCGCCACUCUGCCGCCCCAGGAGCCCUCCUCGGGAACCGGGCCCUCGCUCGGCUUCGGGGCGCUGCAUCCCUUGCCCUCGGUCUUCUCCCCGGGCUUGGGUGCCACCACUUUGCCACGUUUCCACCAAGCAUUCCAGUGAGAGAAGAGCGCUGGGACGAAAGCAGAGCUUCUCCGGGCACGUGGAAUCGGGGGGACGUCCGACGUGCUCGGCUUCGUUGUCUUUCCAGUAGAAAAAAAAAAAGAAGGAAAAAAAAAAGCUCGAGGGGAGGAUUGGAACUGUGUACGCCCCAGUCCUGGACAGGGAAAGUAGGUUGCAGUGAAUAGAAUUUCAGGUAUUCUCUUUUAUUUUAUUUUUCCUUUCCUUUCUACGUUGUUGGUAAUCAGGAACCUCACGGGAGUUUCCGCAGCCUUGCUCUCCACGUAUCUCCGGAGGAGCUGGAAGUCGAGGCCUGUUCCAGACGAGGGCCCAACUCACCACACUGCAGUUUUGUGUCUCCCUCGGUCCGUGCGGCGAGAAAUUCCCUUUUCUCUCCCCUCCUCCUCUCCUCUCCCCCCACCCGCGACUUCCGGCGUCGGCGAUUCCCGCCUCUGCAAACCGAGACUUCUCCUUCGGAGCCGUUUCCCGACCAAUGUAUUCCUGCAGGAUCACGUUUCCUCUCGACCGUUUCCCCACUAUUACGAAUCAGGUAGUGCCCCAGACGCCAUUCAAGGGUCUCGGGCACAGCGAAGGCACUGUUUACACCGGUGAAAUCGGCCUGCUCCGGUUUCCACCUCACUACUACUAACUUUCUUCUUCUUCUUCUUCCAUAUCUUCCCCUGUGGGGAAAAUCAAACUGGGAAUAAGCUUCAGCUUUUGCCAAUUUAGUUUAGCUCUCUGGAGGGUUGGGGUUUUGUUUGUUUUUUACUCUCUCUUUCCCAGAUCUCUGGGCAGGUCACAAGGAUCCUCCUGUCCCCACAGGACAAGCUCGCUGUGAUUUUCGGGGGGUGGGGGUGGGAGUUUUUUUGAGAGGGUUUCCCAAAAGAUGUUGGGGUCUAGCAAUAGCAGCCAACCCUCCUUAUAGGUCUCUUCCUUAAAGACUUACUGAUCAGGAACAAGGCCCAUCAUCCUGUCCCCCGUUUCUUUUUUUUGUUUUGUUUUGUUAUGUUUUUUUCCCCUAAAUCUCCUCGGCCAUUCUGAGACGAGCAAGCUUUAUGGAGGGAUGAUGGGGUUUGGCCUUUGGGGCUUGAGGAAGAGGCUUCCUUCAGCUUCUUUGCUGCCUUUAGGCCGUUUCUGGGCAGCAAGUGUGCAAGUCGCCUUUUCACCAGCAGCACCCGUGCCCGCUGAGCCCCACCCGCAACAUGAGUACGCCAACCUUGCAGGAAGGAAUUGUGGGGCAAACACGCCGGGUGAGGCAGAGGUGAGGCAGCCUUGCUUUCGGCCGAUUCAGCUGCCUUCUUAGGAGGAGUCCAAUAACCUUUUUAUGGGGUGGAUGAGUGGUGGGGGUAGGGGUGUAACCAACAGCCCCUUAUUUUCAUGCUCCUUUCCUUCCAGCAAGGUUGGUUCACCUCCUCUAAGCUCCAGAGCCCCAAUGCUCCCUUCUCUCUCCCUGCAAGGCGCCCAGCGCUGGCCUCCCGUAAGUAAAAUGAGGAUUGCGGGCCCACCACCUUUGCUUCGGUCAAAGCAAACUGAAGCAGGGAGGCCACAGAGAUGCCCUCUUGGCUGACCAGGGGGGGCCUUCCUGGUCGGCUUUUAUGCCUGCCUUAAGCAAGUGAUGGGCCAUUUUGGACACAGUGGAAACAGCGGCAGCAGAGCAAAGUCUUCUGUAUGCUCUUCCUGUCGUGCAGAGUUCUCCAAACUUUCUGGCUUUGCAGAACGGCGAGGAGGGGAUGGUUCCACUGGUGUGCGCGCGCAGGUCCAUUUGCACAAGCGGCGGUCACAAAAAUGAAGUGUGCACACCCACAAGUAUGCGGCCUGGUUUUGAAUGGCUCACGGCCUGGUAGCGGGUAGCGUGGCCUAGGGGUUGGGGACCCCCUGCCAUCCUGUCUGUUUCUCCUGGGUUCAUUUGCAGGCUGCUUGGCACGUCCCGUUCUUCUCGAUUCAGAGACGGGUCGUGUUUGAAAGGCCGAAGCCUGUGGUUCAGCCUCCCCGUGUUCCCAAGGCCCACGGAACGUCCACUCGGAAAGGGUGGCAGGAUUGGCCCCAUUUUCUAGGCAGGAAAAUGAGCCUUGAGAGGCGAGCCCGCUCAGAAUGUAACCUGUAAUUUAAUUUAAACCUGGGGGAUUAAAUACGGGAACUACAGUGGCUUUCAAAGGUGUCGUGUCCCUAUUCUCACCCUUCACUCUCCACCCCCCACUCCCCAGCCGGGGGCUCUUGUGCAAGUUACAUGUUGGCCAUCUCUGUCUUACUUCCCCGUCGUCUCCUGAGUGAACUGUCUUUAUUGUGUCUAUUACAGUGAAUACCUCAUGAUAACCCGGUCUCUGCUCUUACCCUCUCGCCUCUCGAGGCCUCCUCUGGGGUGGGUCCACCUCCAUGCAUUUUGGGGUAUCCCCGCAGGCCCCUUCCUUUUUACCUCAUAUGCAGGGAGCGGAGCGACGGGGGCCUGCCGUGGCUCUCCUCCCUGCCUAGAUUUGUUAAGGUGAUCUCUGCAAUAAUGCCUCCAAUUGCAUUUGCUGCUCUUUCUCGAAUAGCAGACGCUUUUUAAAAAAUUCUCUUGGCUUCUUCCUUGUAAUUCCAGAUUGCUUUGAAAAUCUAGCCUCCAUCCCCAUCGGCUUCGGUUCUUCGCUGCUUCAUAAGCGAGAUCCCUUCUGCCCUGGGCCUAGUAGGCCUUCUACGUUAGGCUUCGACAGCCUCUGCCUUUUCUCGGAGCCUGUUCUUCACGAUCUGUUUCAUGUUUUGUAUAAGACUUACCUCAGCAAUCGCAUGUGGCACUGAGUUCCACAGGCCCUGCUUCCUGGUCUUCGUUGUAAGACGUUGCCUUUCUGAUUUUCAGCGUGUGCCUUGCACUGGAGGGUGCCUGGGCAUCUCCUGAUGGUUUUCAGUAUUUUUAAAUACCUCGGUUGCAUUUCCUGUUACUCUCUUUUCAAAUAUAGUUGCACAUUUUCCUCUUAUGCAAUCCUCAUAUCCCUACCUCAAAACUUACGAGAAGAAGAAGGAAAAAAAAAAAGCAUAUUCCACAUUUCAGUUUCUUCAGGAUGGCAUUGGACUUCGACAUAAAGCUUAUUUGCUGGCUUAGUUUGCAACUUCGGGCACUUGCUGUCUCUUCUCUGGCCUUCAGCUUGAUCGUUUUAGCAAAAGUUGCGUGCAAGAGAGCGUUCCAGAUCCUAAACCCUCCUCUGCUGGGGUUGCUUCUUCCUUCGUUUUCACUACCCAACCAAAGAUAGAAUUCUUUUUAAAAAAAGGCAGAGCAUUCUUGUCUGUAUCAAAAGACGACUCUUUCCCGUUAGGAAAAAGAAGAAAAUGGGUUUAUUUCCACCCUAGAUUCAACACCGAUGCUGAAAAAAAUGGCAGCAGUGGUUUGAGUUUUAUUCAGCCAGAUUUUCUGCCAGCCGAAUCUCUUUGCUGCUGCUUGCUCAGCUUGUAUAGCAGUAAAAAUGACAUUAAGUAUGAAAAAAAAAAUCAUACAAGAAAAGGUGGGGAAGAUCCAAGCGUCAAUCAUCUUUCUUACAAAAGAGCUGUAAGAUCAAAUAUUCCUAAGUACUACUGAACUACUCUCUCCAAUUCCAGGCAAUAGUUUUCCAAAGAUAAGAGUGGCCCACAAAUAUUUUUGGGUGGUUUUUUUUUUGGAUUUUGUGUGGCAUGAUGGGCAAUGAAAAGGAAGCUUGUUUAGUCUUUUAAUGAGGUGAAGGGCCUAAAAGGGUCUUUAUCCAUGUAGCUACAGGUGUAGCCUUUUAAAGAAUAGAUGGUAUAAAAUUGUGCCUCGCCAAUCCAAGAAAUGUGUUGCGGCUUUUAUUUUGCUUAGAGCCAGACCUCUGCGAGGGAAGAACUUCUGUUAUCGAAAAUAAAGUGGUUUUGUUUUUCAAUCACGGUGUUGGGGUGGGGGGAAAAAAACAGAAUGAGGGAAAAAUAGAAUAAUAUUUCUCUAUCGUGGGGGAAAAGACCGUUGCUGGCCUACUUAGGUGGCUUUCAGUUUUGAACCAAAGUGCUCUCGGUUUGAGGGGGGAAGGAGAGAGGACUUCACAAAUUUUCGCCCUGGAGUAAAAUUAACCAGACUUUUAAGUCAAUGUCCUGGUCAAUUUCACUGUCGGCUAAUGAGCACUUAAAAAAGGGAGGAUUGAGCCUCCCUGCCCUUCCCAGGGUUAGUCCUGCAGUAGAAGGGAAGGAAACUCUGAUCUUCAGAAAAUUCAUUUGUACGUGACGUCAGAAGUUUUGUGUCGCAGGAAAAAUCGGAGAGCUCUUGCCUUGCCAUUUGUGAGCCUUUCCUUUUGGGGAUGGGUUUAAUGUGUUAAUCUACAGACGCUCUCCCCUGCUGGCAGGAAAGUCUAAACCAGGGGUGUCAGUCAAACUCGAUUUCCUUGACGGCCACAUCAGGGUUGUGUUUGACCUCGGGAGGCCAGGGUGGGCAUGGCCAGCUCGACACCACUCGUGCCAGGGGCGCCUGUGGUGGAUCAAGCACUCUGCCAGCGAAAAUGGGCUCCCGAGCUCCGUUUUCGGCUGUGACGGCCUCCUGCAACCUUCUGCCAGCGAAAACAGUGCUUGGAGAGGGACGGCCCUCCCGAGUUCCAUUUUCGCUGGCAGAGGCACCAAGGGCCGGUCCUUUGCUGUUUCCAGGACGGCUCCCCGGGACUUGAGUUUGAUACCCCUGGUCUAAACCAUAAAGUGGGAAAAAUCCUAUUUAAACUUUGUGUUAGUUGGCAACCAACUGGCCUUGAAUUAAUUGUGCUUUCCAAAUAGCCAUUUUUUAAAAAAAAAAAAUCCUAAAACUACAUCCUUGGAUUUGCUCCUAAUGUUAGUUUGCAAAAACCUCUCUUAUUCCUUUUUAAGUAGGAUUUGUUUACCUCGCAUAUGUUUUAUUGCCAUUGAUCUAUUUGCCCGGGAUGGCUGUUUUCUUCUCCUCUUCCUCCUGAAGAAGAAGAAGAUAGCACCUUCAUUUUCCCCAAUCUCCUCGAAUUUACAACAGAUAGCUCACCAUGGGGUGAUCGGAUCCUCUCCGUGUCCUGGAAGAUUUGAUAGGAUCAGACCUUUGGGAUAAGGUCUCUGGGUCAGCAGAUGCCAGCUGCACAAAAGCUGAUAACAAAAAGGCGAUUUUAGGGCAUAGUCAAGGACGGGAGCAGUCAACCAUGGAAACCUUGCAACUUGUGGACUUCAACUCCCAGAAUUCUUGAGCCGGUGGCCCGCAAAACGUAUUUUAGGUGGUUGUUUUUUCUGUGGCCUGAUGGGGGAAAGGAAAGGAAGUUUGCUUAGUCUUUUGGAGUCUUAAAGAGAGUCUUCAGGUAGCUGCAGGUGUAGCCUUUUAAAGUAUCGAGAGUAUAAAUUUGUGCCUCGCCAAUCCAAGAAAGUGUUGCAUUUUCCUUAGAACAGUCUUCUGCAAGGGAAGAACUGGCUGGCUCAGGAAUUCUGGGAGUUGAAGUCCACAGGUCGUAAAGUUGCUCACCCUGGCCAAGGGGCUUUUUGGUUGCCUUUUUCCUACUUGGUAAUCUCAUCUCAUCUGCUUUCUGCCUUUCAACCUUUUUAUUGAGAGUUGCUACCAUGGCGGCCCAGUGGUCAGAAUGCAGCAUUGCAGGCUAACUCUGCCAUCUGCCAGCAGUUCAAUUCUCACCGGCUCAAGGCCGAACUCAGCCUUCCCUCCUUCCGAGGUCGAUAAAACGAGGACCCAGAUUGUUUGGGGGGCAGAGGCUGACUCCGUAAACCGCUUAGAGAGGGCUGUGAAAGCACCGUGAAGCGGUAUAGAAGUGUUAAGCGCUAGUGCUAUUUUGCAUUCUCGGUGCCAGGUUUAGCUCGUGUCUCUGGUAUUAUUUUUGCCCCCAAAUGUUUAUUGUUGCUGGCUUUGCUGUACCAGCCCCACCAUUCUUCCUUUUGCAAAGCUAAAUCACAGGACAUUUCAAACUCUUCGUUCAGAGUCUUUUCUUCCCUUUGGCUUAGCAGCAAGCAGACUGACCGAGUGGUUCUGUUAGGAUUUCUUUCCAGUGUAUAUAUUAAAUUCUAAUCAAUUGUUUGUAUCUUUCCUUUGGCUGGCUAAAAUUUUGCAAUUUUGGUGGUUGUUUUUUUUCCCUCCUCCUAAGAGAGCAAAUUAUUCAGGAUUAUAGAGCAAAAACCUCCCGGGUGCUUCUCUCUUCCCCCCCGAAUUUUCAUCCUUCCCUUCUGUAUUUCAGAAUAUGCCUCGGAUUCAGGGGGUUGCCCAUCCUAGGAAAAAACUUCCUAAAUUCUUCCUUCACCGCCAGUGGGAUUAAUUUGAAUCCCCCCCCCAUAAGAAAGAGGCCCUGCAUAGCCCUAAUGCUUUUGGAGUGAUCCAUGGGAAUCAGUAACUUAAACGGAAAAUGCCCCCACAAAGGGGAAAGUGUUUUAAGUGAGCUCUGUAAUAAGAGACCAACUUUCUCUCUGUUAUUUGUUCUCAAGACUUAUUUUAUUCGACACACACACACACACUGGUCAUUCUGCUUUGUUUGAAGACUUUCUGCAUUUUAUAGUAUUGGGAAUAUUGGAUUUAUUUUGGAUGACGGACCCCAUUGUCCCCUUAUGGCAGUUAAGAAUCCUGAAAAACAACCCAAAUUCUCUGCCUGUGUGAUAGGCUCACAGCUGGUCCCCGAACGUUCCCUCUUCCGUCGGCACGUCCCGUAUGAACGGAUCCAGCUUUCCCACCGUGAUUUAUGUAAUUUCCUACUUUGGGACUUCAUCCCAAGAUGCCCACCCCAAAAUGUGUCGGAAUGGGGCAACUUGGAGCAGCCAACUCGCCGAGGCCAACACAGCGCAGCUAAUUCACCAUGGAAUAACAACUCGCUGCAGGACAAUUCAACCAUUUUUCAGUAUUUAAAGUAAUUUUAAAACUUGUUUUGUCGUUCCCAUUUCAUUCUUUCCCUCCUUUUGCAUCCUCCCUUUAAUGGUUCUAUUCCACCAAUUUCUCCAAUGUUAAGUGUAACUCAUGACCCACGGCGAGUUGGUUGCACCGAGUUAUCCUAGACCCAAAUGGGUUGUUCUCCCAGUUUUGCAGUCAUCCAAAAAUAAGAUAUAUAUUCUUCCCCCUUUUAAAAACGACAAAUUGAAAAACCAAUUUUCUGCCCCAAUUUGUGGUUGGUUCUCAAAUUCCUUCAUUUUCUGAGAGUUGUGUGGUUUGGGUUAAAAGAGAGAAAAAAUUACCGAUUGUGUGUUAAAUGAAAAAAUACAUUUUUUUUUUUUGUUGAACGGGGUGGGACAGCCUAUCUUGAGGAUCGAACAACUAGCUUCUGGCAUUCCUCUGCCCAUUUAACGAUCCUGUAUCAUAGGUCCUACCUGUGCAAGAGGGGGCGCCUGUCAGGACAGGUGUUCUCACCUUGAUUUGAAGAGGAACUAGGAAUUCAGUCCAUUGGGUCACUCUGUGUAAUUUUUGGCCUCUUGGAGAUGGGUGGACUUCAACUCCCAGAAUUCCCCAGCCAGGAGAGCUGGGAGACUUUUGGGAGUUGAAGUCCAUCCAUCUCCAGGUGGCUCAGGUUGAGAAACAAUGGCUUACGUAGCUGCCUUUAUUGUUUAGAGCACUGUUUCUCAACCUUGGAAGCUUGAAGAUGGGUGGACUUCAACUCCCAGAAUUCCCCAGCCAGCGCUGCUGGCUGGGGGAUUCUGGGAGUUGAAGUCCACCCAUCUUCAAGCUACCAAGGUUGAGAAACACUGGUUUAGAGGAAUUUUGUGUGUGUGUUUCUUUUUAAUCAGAGCCCUCCCUCCUGCCCGACGUGGAACUCCUUACCCAACCGAGCACUUUUUCCUCUAAACACAGCAAAUGACCUCUUUUUUUAAUCUGAAUAUUGCUGGACUUUUUUUUUUUUUCCCCCCAAGUCCCGGUUUUGAAAAGAAAAAAAAAAAAAAAGAUUUUGAAGUGCCAUUAGGAAACAUAACAGCUCAUCACUGUUCAGUUUGGGGUUUCUUUUCUUCUUUUUUUUUUUUUUUGGUCUUACAGAAUUAAGUUUUAAAAUGAAAGAGGGUGUCUUUGUUAUUGUUUUUUAAAAUGAAAUUGCUUAUUAAAACGUUUGAAGUAUGA